CGCACGCAUUUCGCGUUUUGCGAAUCGCUGUUCUGUGAGAGAAAGGUUUCCUUUUUAUCACAUUUUAAUUUGAUCUUGCGUGGGGCUUCAUGUCUUCUACCGUCCAGGACAGUGCCUGCACCUGCCAACCUGUCAAAAGGCACCAAAAUGGCCGUGCCGACGGAAAGAAGUAUAAUUUUGUAACAAUUCCUUAUUUAAUAUAAACGGUCAGUCGGUCGAAACGCGAGAUCGCACCCAAAGGGAAAUUGACACUUUAAUCCAGAAACGGACGGUUACUAAGUUCUUCAAACUCAAGAUUCUACGAUGGCCCUUCGUAAGGUGAAGGGCAACUUCGAAAGAAUGUUUGACAAGAACCUCACUGACCUCGUACGAGGAAUUAGGAAUAAUAAAGAAAAUGAGGCGAAAUACAUUGCUCAGUGUAUGGAGGAGAUCAAGCAGGAGUUACGCCAAGACAAUAUCGCGGUCAAGGCAAAUGCCGUUGCUAAACUUACCUAUCUCCAAAUGUUGGGAUAUGACAUCAGUUGGGCAGGGUUCAAUAUCAUUGAAGUUAUGUCAUCUGCAAAAUUCACUUAUAAGCGAAUUGGAUAUCUUGCAGCUAGCCAGAGCUUUCAUUCCAACACCGAACUGCUGAUGUUAACAACCAAUAUGAUUCGCAAAGACUUGAACAGUCAAAAUCAGUACGAUGCAGGAUUGGCAUUAAGUGGCCUCUCCUGUUUCAUAAGUUCCGAUUUAGCACGAGAUCUAGUCAACGAUAUAAUGACUCUCUUAACAUCGACAAAACCAUAUCUACGUAAAAAGGCAGUAUUGAUGAUGUACAAAGUGUUCCUGCGUUUUCCGGAGGCACUGAGACCUGCUUUCCCAAGAUUGAAAGAGAAGCUCGAAGAUCCAGAUAGUGGUGUACAAUCGGCUGCAGUCAAUGUAGUGUGCGAGCUGGCCAGAAAAAAUCCAAAGAACUAUCUGAGCUUAGCUCCCGUCUUCUUCAAACUCAUGACAACUUCGACGAAUAAUUGGAUGCUCAUUAAGAUCAUCAAACUGUUUGGUGCGUUAACACCCCUAGAACCUAGGCUUGGCAAAAAGCUAAUAGAACCCCUUACCAAUUUGAUACACAGCACAUCGGCGAUGUCUCUGCUUUACGAGUGCAUCAAUACUGUGAUAGCUGUACUAAUUUCGAUAUCUUCGGGAAUGCCAAAUCAUUCAGAUUCGAUCCAUCUAUGUGUUCAAAAACUGAGGAUAUUGAUAGAAGACUCCGAUCAAAAUCUGAAAUACUUGGGGCUGUUGGCCAUGUCCAAGAUCCUAAAAACUCAUCCGAAGAGUGUGCAAGCUCACAAGGAUCUCAUUAUGCAGUGUUUGGAUGACAAAGACGAGAGUAUAAGACUGCGUGCUUUAGAUCUACUGUACGGUAUGGUGUCGAAGAAAAAUUUGAUGGAAAUUGUGAGGAAAUUAAUGGUACACAUGGACAAAGCCGAGGGCACUACGUACCGAGAUGAAUUACUCUCCAAGAUCAUUCAAAUCUGCUCACAGAACAAUUAUCAGUUUAUAACAUAUUUUGAGUGGUAUAUAUCUGUACUGGUUGAACUUACAAAAAUGGAAGGAACAAAGCAUGGACAACUGGUAGCUACUCAGUUAUUGGAUGUCACGAUUCGUGUACAAGCUAUCAGAAAAUUUGCAGUUGAACAAUGUGCUUUACUAUUAGAGAAUGUUCAUCUCUUAACGGGUCAACCAAGAGCUACGAUGUCUGAAGUGCUGUACGCUGCUGCCUGGAUUUGUGGAGAGUUUUCAAGCGAACUCGAAAAUCCAUUAACUGUGCUGCGGUCGAUGGUUCAGUCACAGGCUGCCAGUUUGCCAGGACAUAUUCAAGCGAUCUACGUUCAUAAUAUACUGAAAUUAGCUGCUAUGACUUACAGUAAAGCAGAAGAAAAUGGUGAUACGGAAACUAUAGAACAAAUUUAUUCCUUCAAAGAUAACAUAGCAGCUUUUGUAUGCAGCGGUGAUUUAGAAGUUCAAGAGAGAUCUAGUUCUGCGCUAGUUCUGUUGGAGUGCAUAAAGGAAAACCCUGGUCUUGCAAAGGACUUGGCUGAAACAUUCGUAGGUGAACUGAAUCCCGUGGCACCGAAAGCUCAACGAAAGGUACAAAUGCCAGAAGGUUUGGAUCUGGACGCCUGGAUCAACGAUCCACCAUUAGAAAGUUCAGACUCGGAAGACUUAGAUAUGAAUGAUAUUUUUGUAAAGACAGAAAGGUCGAGUGAAUACAGUAAACGCAACUCAGUGGAGCCUACAACGGAAGAGCUUCAAAAGAUGCGAGAGGCAAGAAAGCUGGAACAAGAAAGUAAUCCGCAUUACUUGAAAGGGUGCAGUGUUACACAUAAGAGUUCUACCCCUUACCUUAAUGCAACCAAUAACAAUGAAGAAGACUUUGAGAACAUUCCCGUUUCUAAACUAAAUAUACCAGUUUCCUUGAAAGUAACAGGUUUCACAAAUUCCAGCAAGUAUAUUAAUCUGAACGAGAAUUCAGAAUUCAGCCAUAAAAAGCAGAAGAAGCACGGGAAGAAGAAGAAAUCAAAGAAAAAUAAAAAGUCAAGCAGCUCCGAAGACGAACAAAACGAUGACCAUCCCGUACAAAUAGUAAAUACAGGCAUAGGAGAGCUACCGCCAGGAGCAAAGUUAAGCGAUGGCGAUGACCAUGACCUUACGGAUGCCAAUGAUCCACAUCGAGCUUUAGACAUCGAUCUGGACAUGCCAUUAAGAGAAGAUGAACGGCUGCCCGUUCUGGAACAUAGAGUCGUCGACAAUCGUCUGUCUGAUAAAGUGCCUGAACAACACGUUAAGAAAGAAAAGAUAUAUAGAAAAAUAAAGAAGAAAAGUAAAACAAAGGACAGUCAGGAGAACGGUGAGAAUCAGAAGGCAGAAGACGCGAACAGCGUCGAUCUGUGGUUAGGGAGUGACACCUCACCUGAAAAGACUCGACCACUAGGUGCAGGUGAUUACAGUGAGGUAAUUAGCGAAGUGGACGUUAAGAAGCCGAAAAAGGAUGAAAACAAACGAUCAAAAACAAGGGAAAAACAGAAAAAGGAGGUCGACGAUACCACAAAGCAUCGAAAGAGGGCCAAGAAGUCGAAGGAAAAGAAAGACAAGAAAUCUACAGGCUACGAGGAGACAGCUGGGAUUUCUACUCCAUCCAAGGAAAUCAUACCGAGUUUAAACAAUGAAGCUAAUGAAAACGAAAAUACUCCUGCCGUUUCUUGCCCUAUCCAAUCCAUGUCUACAUUCGAGGAGCUGGCAAAAGAUAAAACCAUAAAAGUCCUUUACGAAUUAAAACAACUGCCACAUGAGACGGACAGAGUAGUUUUAUCUAUUUUAGUGACCAAUGUCGGACAAACCUUGGUAAAGGAAAUGGACUUUAACGUGUCUGACAGUACCACUUUAAGACUAAUUAGAAACCCGGGAGAUGAGUUCGGCGUGAAAUUGCGCUUCCAAUUAGCUCCGCAAACAAAUGGCGAGGCCCAAUUCGCAAUUUUCGUGUCGGACGUCACUUUUGCCCAGAAGCUGAAGGGAACUUUAACCUAUAUGGUGGAGAGUCCAGCAGGAAUGGUGCAAGAAAAAUUAGACUUUACAAUGCAGCUGCCAUGCAGUAGCUUUAUGAUUGGUUCUCUCUCUCAUAGAGAUAUUCUAACCGAAUUGCUUCGAAGUGGACAGCUUGUGUCGAAAAUUAAGCGAGAGGCACUCCCGUCACAAGAUUUCAGUAAAGUACUGAGCACUAUUUGUUUAAAGUGUCAUUUAACACUUGUCGAACAAAUCGAUGAUACUGCAUCCCUAUACGGACACUCAUUGAAGGGCCAUCAUGUGUGCCUUCUGUUGAAACUGAAUAAGGUAACGGGAACUUUAACAGUCGAGGGGAAAGGAGACAAUAAUUCGCUGCUGAUGGAGAUCGUGGAUGAGAUUUUAAGGAUCCUCGCGUAAUAUUUCUUUAAGGAGAGGAGAGAAACUGUAUUUUUCAACUGAAGAAUUUCUAAUAUCGGUUUCCUAACAAUUAACGCACUUUAAUAAGGUGGAAAAACUUGGGUUUACGUUUAAUACUCCCGGCUGUAAAUGAAGUGGCAAAGAGACGAACAACUUGGCUGUUCGAUAAUCUAAAGACUAUUUUCAGAAGAACGUUUGAAGGUUCGAGAGUCGUGGGAUUAAAUAGAGUGAGUGAUUUUCUCGGAAAAUAGACUUUAGGUCUUUUUGCUGGCGUCUUUUGCAUAUACAUAUAUACAUAAGAAUGAGUUAGAGGUUAGAUAUAUACAAGCAUAUAUAUAUAGCGUUGUCCAGAAGUAUUAGAUCCAGUACGAUAACAAGUAUUGUUCAGUAAUUAUAUUAACGUCCAUCGCGAUUAAACCGAAUAGAUAUUUAAUACUUCUGACCAAGGCCAUAUAUAAAGGUACGAAAAAAUUAUAUAGACCAUCCGAUAAGCUGCGAUGUUCAUAUAAUUUUAGCGUUGGAAGAUUCCUUAAAUCUAUUUGUUGGUUGCCCUUCCUUACAGUCUGCCACAUGUGUAAAUAUCAAAGAAUUAUUCUAGGUAUGUCAAUAUGAAAAUAUAGAUUUGAAAAGAAAUGAUCGCACCGCCAUAUCUCAAAGCUGUUCCGUACUUCUUUCGAGAACGUAUGUAUAUCUUUUAGGCAUGUGUGCGGAAUAUGUGGAUAUACAUACCUAUAACAAAAGAAUUACUAUCUAUUAGUUACUGUAUCAACAAUGGGAUACACGUAAGGCACCAAGGAUAUAUAAGUUUGAAGCUAUAAUUAUGAUUAUAAUAUAUAGUAAAUAAAAUGAGAGAUAUAUAUGUAUA